AUAUAAUUAAAAUUCUUCUUUUUUUAUUUUUUAAAAAUAUUUUGACAUUUAACAUAACCUCAAUGUUUCGCAAUUGAAAUGGCAGGGAGUCGUUUGGAAAAAGUCGGGACAAUUUACUCAAGAACGACCGGUUUGAUCCGUUCGGGGGCCAUAAAUUGGGCGGAUAGGCCGCUUUGGUACGAUGUUUACGAAGCGUUCCCGCCGAAAGAGGAGCCCCGUUUCGACAGACCCGCGCCCAAUAUGACCUUAAAAAAGAUAUUCUACGAGGAGGACAAGCUGAGAGCGAUGUUCCACAGGAACAACAAGCACUUGGGUUCCUCCAACAUGUUCAACAACAAAUACAAAUCCUUGACGCAAAAAUUCAUAGAGGCUUAUCGGAAAUUGGAGAGCGAAAACCCGGAGUACACGGAGGAAGGGCUGUACAAACGAGCGAUCGAGAUGUUAAGAAGGGAUAAGGAGGUCGAUAAUCGAUCGGAGGAAGAAGUUAUUAGCCUAAGCGAGGCGUUUAGGGAAGCUACUGGGAACAGGAGCAAAGAAAAACCCCAAAUUGAUUUGUCUACUAUAUUUAAAGAGUGAUUUUGGUUAGUAAUUUAGUUUUAAUAAAUGUAGCGUAACGGAAUGGAAUUAGUAUCUGAUAUAAG